GUUACCGCCAAAGGAUGGGAAAUGGGUCUGUUCGAUCCUCGGAAAAUUAUCUUUUCUGCGAAAAUGGGUCUGGCUUUGAUGCUUAUAACGUCGUUGAUUUUCUUGAAAGAGCCUGUGAAAGAUCUGGGUUGGUACUCUGUUUGGACCGUUCUUACUGUUGUGGUCGUCUUUGAAUUCAGUAUAGGAGCGACCCUAAGCAAAGGAUUUAACCGUGGGUUGGGAACGUUCUCUGAAGAAGGCCUUGCUCUAGCCAUGGCUGAGUUGUCUACAUUGGCUGGAAAAUGGGAAGAAGUUGUCAUUAUUAUCAGUGUUUUUAUUAUAGGAUUUUGUGCAACUUAUGCAAAGCUGUACCCAACAAUGAAGGCAUGUGAAUAUGGUUUCCGAGUUUUCAUGUUGACAUAUUGUUUCAUAAUGGUAUCCGGGUAUGGGACAAGAGAAUUUAUCGAAACAACCAUUACUAGAUUCUUGCUCAUUGCCUUGGGUGCUGGGGUAUGUUUGCUUGUAAAUAUAUGCAUCUAUCCCAUCUGGGCUGGUGAGGAUCUGCACAACUUGGUAGCGAAGAAUUUCAUGGGUGUUGCUAAUUCCCUGGAAGGUUGUGUCAAUGGGUACCUCAAUUGUGUUGAAUAUGAGAGGAUUCCUUCCAAGAUCCUUACUUACCAAGCUUCAGACGAUGCCAGAGAGUGA